AUGGCGGCAGCUGCGGACCUGCAGGGGAAGUACCAGAAGCUGGCUCAGGAGUACUCCAAGCUUCGUGCUCAGAACCAAGUGUUGAAGAAAGGGGUUGUAGAUGAGCAAGCAAAUUCUGCUUCUCUGAAGGAGCAACUGAAGAUGAAGGAUCAAUCGCUGAGAAAGCUGCAACAAGAAAUGGACAGUUUGACCUUUCGAAAUCAGCAACUUGCCAAGAGGGUGGAGUUACUUCAAGAUGAACUUGCACUGAGUGAAACUAGGGGCAAGAAGAACAAGAAAAGUGUGGAAUCUUCAUCUCAUUUGAGUCAAGAGCAGAAAAGUGUCUUCAAUGAAGAUCUUCAGAAGAAGAUAGAAGAGAAUGAACGACUACAUAUACUUUUCUUUGAAGCAGAUGAACAGCACAAACGUUUAGAAGCAGAGUUAAGAAGUAGACUUGAAGUGUUGGAAACUGAUGCUGCCCAGCACCAAGCUGUGGUGGACAGUUUAACCAGGAAACACACUGAUACCAUAGAAAAGCUGCAGAAUGAUAAAGCCAAAUUAGAAAUCAAGUCUCAGACACUAGAAAGAGAAGCUAAGGACUGUAGGCUUCGAACUGAAGAGUGCCAGCAACAGUUAAAGAAUCUUCAAGCAGCUUUGGGCAGUAGACUGGAAGAAUCUCUAUGCAUAAUCAAUGAGAAAGUACCUUUUAAUGACACAAGAUCUAAUCAAUACAAUGCUCUGAAUGUACCAUUACACAACAGAAGAAAUCAGCUGAAGUUACGAGACCUGGCUGGCCAGGCUCUGGCUUUUAUUCAAGAGCUCGUUACAGCUCUCUUGAACUUCCAUACAUACACUGAGCAGAAGGUACAGAUCUUUCCCAUUGAUUCUGCAACAGACACCGUAUCACCACUAAAUCAGAAGUUCUCACAGUAUCUUCAUGAAAACGCUUCCUAUGUCCGUCCUCUGGAGGAAGCAAUGCUUCGCUUGUUUGAGAGCAUUACAGAAGACACUGUGACAGUCCUGGAAACAGCUGUGAAAUUGAAGGCCUUCUCAGAAAAUUUAGCUUCAUACUUAUGUUUUUUAAGAAAAAUUCUUCCUUAUCAGUUAAAAAGUUUGGAAGAAGAGUGUGAGUCUUCUCUUUGCACAGCUGCUUUAAGAGCUAAAAAUAUGGAGCUACACAGAGACAUGAAAAGGCUGACUGCAGUCUUUGAGAAGUUAAAUACAUAUAUUAGUCUUCUGGUGUUACCAAGUACAAAACCAGAAGGGCUUCUUAGGACAAAUUACAACUUGGUGUUUACAAACAUUGCUGCAAGUCUUCAUGGAUUCCAUGAUAUUUUAAAAGAUAUUUCCAAGCACUACAGUCAGAAAGCCACUUUAGAACAAGAUGUUCCAACUGCCACACAGAAACUGAUAACUACAAAUGACUGCAUUUUAUCUUCUCUUGUGGCUUUAACAAAUGGAGUGGGCAAGAUUACCUCGUUCUUUAGCAACAACUUGGAUCACUUCACUGCUUCAUUGAGCUAUGGCCCUAAAGGAGGAACAGAAUUCAUCAGCCCUCUUUCAGCUGAGUGUAUGCUGCAGUACAAGAAGAAGGCAGUUGCUUACAUGAAGUCUUUGAAAAAGCCUCGUGCAGAUUCAGUGCCUUAUGAAGAGGCUUUAGCCAAUCGCAGAGUUCUUCUGAGUUCCACAGAAAGCAGAGAAGGUCUUGCACAACAGGUUCAGCAGAGUUUGGAGAAAAUUGCAAAACUCGAACAAGAAAAAGAACACUGGAUGUUGGAGGCCCAGUUGGCUAAAAUAAAGCUAGAGAAAGAAAACCAAAAACUAAAGAACUCUCUCAGUGGACAUCUAACUGAAGCUAUACAAGAGCAUUCUAUUUUGCCAAAUGCUGCUGAGAAAAAGAAGGAAACAACAGAAAAGAGUACUAGUCUGAUUGGAAUGUUGACCAUAACUACUGAUAAUGAAAAGGCUCCAGAUGUUGAAUCUCGUGAGGACCUGAUAAAAAACCACUAUAUGGCAAGGAUAGCAGAGCUUACAUCCCAUCUGCAGCUUGCUGACAGCAAAUCAGUACACUUUCAUGCUGAGUGUCGAGCACUUGCCAAAAGACUGUCUUUAGCAGAGAAGUCCAAGGAAUCACUCAUGGAAGAGCUGAAACUAGCUAGUCAAAACAUCAGUAGAUUACAGGAUGAACUGAUGACGACGAAGAGAAGCUAUGAGGAUCAGUUGAGUAUGAUGAGUGACCAUCUCUGCAGUAUGAAUGAAACCUUAACUAAGCAAAGGGAAGAAAUUGAUACACUAAAGAUGACUAGUAAGGGAAAUUCUAAGAAGAACAAAAAUCGAUAG